AUGUGGGAGUUUGCUGUGCCCGUGCUUUUCAUGGAAAUUUUUGUUGACACAUUACUUCCUAGUGCCACAUUAUCACUCGUUAUGUACGCUUCGUGUCUUAUUUUGAUACCAUCAGUGGGUCGACAACUUGAUUCGACAGAUCGUUGGAAAGCUAUGCGGCUAGCGAUCAUUUUGGACAAUAUCAACAUAAUUGUUAGCAGUAUGCUCAUGGGGGCGAUGGCAUUGCUAACGGAUGCAAACGAAUAUCACAAACCAGAGUGGACAUGGUCCUUAAAGGUGCUAUUUGUCGGCAUACUCGUAUGUGGAGGCAUGGGCCAAGUACUUAGUGAGGCCCAAACACUAGGAAUCGAGCGCGACUGGGUCGUAGUGAUCGCGAAAAGCAGUGAAGUGGAGCACACCUUUGCACUUGAAAGUUUAAAUACAAGAUUGCGACGUAUUGAUCUCGUGUGCAAAUUGCUUGGUCCUCUUGCAUUUGGCAUCAUUAUGGAAUUCGCGGGGUAUGAUCGCACAACGCGCGCAUUGAUCGGUACAAUAUCGGUGGCUAUCUGGAACGGUCUUGCAUCGCCACUUCAAUACCUUAUGACGCGAGAUAUUUACAAUUUUGUUCCUGAGCUAGCGAUAAAGAAGAAAUCUCCAGACAGUAAAAAGCAGUGUCAUCCACUAGACACUUCAUCAACGCUUUUUAAGUAUGCAAUGAUGUGGAGAGUCUACGCGCAACACCCCGUUUUUCUGCUAAGUUUCUCGUACUGCACACUUUACAUGACUGUUCUGGACAAUGGUGCGUUGAGUACGGCGUAUCUGAAAUGGAGAGGUUUACCGGACUCAUUACUGGGUUUCAGUCGUGGUGCCGGUGCCAUGUUUGGACUAUUGGGCACCGUGCUGUUUCCGUUUCUCCGACAAGCGUUUUCACGUUUGGAGCGCGUUGCAGUCGCGAGCAUUUGGCUGUUCUGGCUGAGUCUUCUGCCAGUGUUGGUGGCAUUUUUACUAACAGGUGAGUCGCGUAUGUCGGAUUACGUGAUGCUGUGCAGCGUGGCUGCUGCACGUGUAUGGCUUUGGAGUGCAGAUCUUGCAGAAGUACAGCUCCUGCAAGAGUGGAUCGAGCCAAGCCGCCGUGGCGCCAUCAACGCCAUGCAGACAGCAACCUAUCAAUUGUUCCACGUUGUCAUACAAAUGGCCGGUUUCGUAUUUCACGACCCAAGCCAAUUUAGUAUGCUUAUUUAUUUCUCUGUGGCUGCAGUGCUGGCUGCUGCUUUGGGGUUCACGUUGUGGUAUGUUCGAUAUGGUUACCACCGUAGUCUUCUCUUGCGAUGUACAACAGAAAGUCCCAAUUAUGCGAAAUCGCUUUGGUGA